AUGGCCACUCAUCUUACAACACACUCGGAUUUCAAGCCGUUUUUAUGCAGUUUUGGAAACUGCAAGAAACGCUUUAAAGAUAAGGAUCGUAAAUGCAAGAUAUGUAAAAAGAUUUUCAAGGAGCAUAAAUAUUUGAAGCAGCACUACUGGGUCACACAUUGUGUUAAAUACAAAGUUAUGAAAAGACAAUCAAAGAAACAGGUUCAAAUAAAACAAGAAAUUGAGGACUGUGAGCAGGAAGAAAUGUCACACGAAGUCAAAGUUGAAUGUGUUGACGGUGAUGAUAAAAAAUCCAUUGGAAAUUCAAAGCCAGAUGAGUGUCAGAAUAUAUCCGAGGAUAUAUUUGGAAGUGUUCAAGAUGAAAUUAAUUUGGAAGCUAUAGAUCAUCUCUUGAUAGAACACGUUAUAAAACCUGGUGAUGAAAUUGUAACUCAAGAAAUUGAAAAAGAUGUUGAAAUAGACAAGAAAUGUCAUGAUCAAGCUCAAAAGCAUAUUAAAGAACUUCUUACAAAAGCGAGAAGAAAAAAGGAGAUGAAAGAAUUAGAAAGAACAAGAAGAAUAUAUAACAGAAGAAUUAAAGAAGCAUCCGUUAGACAAGGCGUUACAAUCAAAUAUGUUAAAAUUAAUAACGAAAUUAAUGAAAGUACUUCAAACAAUGAUGAAACCCAAAAUGAAUUGGAGACAAAUUAUAUUAAUGGUGAUGAAGGAUCAGCUGUUAUAGAUGAAAAUAUAAAUAACAAUAAAUUCAAAUUAAAUACACAUCAGUGCUACGUGUGUUUGAAGUUGUAUGAAACUAAGGAGAAACUUCUGAAGCAUUGUGAGGAGCAUUUCGACGUUUGUAACACGACGAUACUGAAAAAAUGUCCUCUAUGUGAUUAUGUUACUAGAUUAAACAUUUCACGACAUUUAAGAUGCGUACAUAAUAUAAAAAACAAGAUAUGUACAAGAAUCAAUGAAAAUAAAAACGAGAAAACUAGCACUGGGUUCUAUUAUGAUAUAAACGAUGGAAAAAAUAUCAUUGAAAUUAUACCAAGCGUCAAAGAACUCAAUAAACGAGCCUACAUCAACUUAGAUAAACAAAGGAAGGAGAGUAAAAACGGGCGAAUACAGAAAACUAAGCUAGUCAAGAAAAACGACGAAUGGAUAGUCGAGAAACAGAAUAUAGAUCUCAAUGAAUACAUUAUACCUAAAAUUAAAAAUGUUUUGAAUGUUCCCAGCAAUGACUAUUUAAGCAGGUUAAAAGUAUUGAGUAUUAUCGCCAAAAAUGAAGGUAGAAAAAUAAUGUUCCCUUGCGAUAAAUGCAAAAAAAUAUGUCAAACUCUUAGCGCGUUGAAAUUGCAUUAUAGAAAACACGAAACCAAUCCUAAGCCAUUCAAACCGAAAGUGUGGAAACAUAAAAUCGGUUCAACUGAAAAAUCGGCAAAAAUACCGGUUCCAUCGGAAAAUCGGUAUCAAAAACCGAAACCGAUUGUCAAUAAACACAAAUGCGAUCCGAAACUAAAAGAGUUUUAUGAGGAGAACAUUAAAGGCGGUGAUAUAGAAUUCUGGCAUUUCUUAAAAAUAUACAAUAAGAUGUCCAAAGAAAAUAUUAAAGAUUUCAAAGAUUUGGAGAAUCGUACGGAGUUUGGUAUACAUUAUAAAGAAAAUGUUAUCAAAAAAACUCCAAGAAUAAGAAAAACACACAACGCGUUCACGCGAACAAUAAUGUUGAACAGAAAGGAUUAUAAUAAAAGAAGAAAAAUGAUUGAAGUAUUGAGGAAGAAUAUUCGCAAUGAGAAGAAAUCUAGUAAAGAAGAUUAA